AUGAUGGCAAGUGACAAACUCGAACCUGAGGACCAAAGUUCUGCUUGGAUGAUGACAAUGAGUGAUGCUCAUCCGAUAUUGAGUAUGUUCCACUUGCUAUCAUCUGUCACACUUAACAGUGCUCGAGGUAACGAAGUAACGAGGAUGCAUGAUUCUGCAUCUAUGGUGGAGUUCAACAUCCUUCAACCAGCACGUAUGGAACGCAUGGAAAUUGUGGCCAAAUGA